CUUCCGGGCUCGGUUUCGGCACCCUGCUUACAUUCAGCUCCACCCCUGUGUGGCGGCUCACUUGAUCAGAUCCUUGGACGUGAACAGUUUCUGUGAGGAGCGCGCACAGAGCGCAGGGAGCGCGCACAGAGCCCGGGCUGCGGCCACCGGCGCGCUACUUCGCACGAGUUCCUCACUUCCUCUGGUCACCUGAAAAAAGCGGUUUGAACAGCACGAUCCUCCGCUCGGCGCGCACCAUGGGGACUCGAGCUGCUCUACGGUUCUCUUUGUGCGUCGGGUUUCUGAUCGCGACCCAUGUGGCCACCAGCGCCAGGGCUGCGAUCACUUGCGCGUCUUGUCAGGCGCGAGUUCACUUAACCCGAGACAAAUUACUGCGGGAAAAAAGGAUGGAGCCGGGAGACAAGGGCUCGCCACUUGCAGAGCCACUGAGCCCGGACGCCGGACUGGGAGCCCCAACCGGGGAGGAAGGCACCGCUAACGGAUCCGAGGAGCUCGGGGUUUCGGGCGAUGCCGUCCAGAGGUCCGAGGAUGCGGGAGCGCGCGGAGUUUCCCAAGUACUGAGGGAUCGUUCAUUCCAGGCCACGCGGGUGGCCGGAAUUACGGGCGAUGGGGACGCGCACGAUGGAAACCACUUGGGCAGGAACUGGACUCAGAAGUCCACGUUUGCCAGGCCGAAGCGGAGCGGAGGCGAAGUGAGCGAAGCGGUGGAAGGUGCGAGGAGCAGCGAGCCUUUUAUUGAUGGAGCGCAUGGGCAGGACAGGGAGACAGCCGCUCCGUCCGCGAGCGGACAAAGACAGAUGAUGAGGACCGAGUCCACCUGGAGCGGGGCCGAUGCGAAAGUGUUCACCCCCCGGCAAGAAGAGCCCAAAGUUGUGAGCAGCACUUUCGCCCUGGCAGGGGAUUCCGCACACAACCAGGCUAUGGUGCACUGGUCCGGACAUAACAGCAGUGUGAUCCUAAUCUUGACCAAGCUUUAUGACUUUAACUUGGGAAGCGUCACUGAAAGCUCUUUAUGGAGGUCGACAGACUAUGGAACCACAUAUGAAAAGGUGAAUGAUAAAGUGGGUUUGAAGACCGUGCUGAGCUACCUGUAUGUCUGCCCCACGAACAAGAGAAAGAUAAUGGUGCUAAGCGACCCAGACCGUGAAAGCAGUGUCCUGAUCAGCUCAGAUGAAGGUGCAAGCUAUCAGAAAUUCCGGCUGACCUUUUAUAUUGUGAGUCUGCUGUUUCAUCCAACACAGGAAGACUGGGUGCUGGCAUACAGUCACGACCAAAAGCUGUACAGUUCAAUGGACUUUGGGAGAAAGUGGCAGCUUGUCCAUGAGCAUGUAACGCCGAACAGAUUCUACUGGUCAGUAAUCGGUCUGGACAAGGAGUUGGACCUUGUGCACAUGGAGGCACACACUGUAGAUGGACGUGCACAGUAUGUAACAUGCAGGAUUCAAGCAUGCUCGGAAUCAAGCAGAAACUUCCCUUUCCCUGGAUACAUUGAUACAAGCUCCCUUGUAGUUCAAGAUGACUAUGUGUUUAUCCAGGUGACAGCUGCUGGACGGGCAAGUUAUUAUGUGUCCUACCAGAGGGAACCCUUCAUGCGCAUCAAACUACCAAAAUAUUCUCUUCCAAAAGACAUGCACAUUAUUAGCACAGAUGAAAACCAGGUAUUUGCUGCUGUGCAGGAGUGGAAUCAGAAUGACACUUAUAACCUUUAUACAUCAGACACUCGGGGGAUCUACUUUACUCUGGCCCUGGAGAAUGUAAAAACCACCCGAGGGCUGGAAGGAAAUAUGAUGAUUGACCUAUACGAGGUAGCAGGGAUAAAGGGAAUGUUCAUAGCUAACAGGAAGCUUGAUAGCCAAGUGAAGACCUAUAUCACAUAUAACAAAGGGAGAGACUGGCGUUUGCUACAAGCCCCAGCUUUGGAUCUUGCAGGAAAUGAGAUCCACUGUGUUUUGCCUUUUUGCUCCCUGCAUUUACAUCUGCAGAUGUCGGAAAAUCCGUAUACUUCUGGAAGUAUUUCAAGCAAGAGUUCAGCACCAGGAAUUAUUGUGGCUACAGGUAAUAUUGGUUCUGAACUUUCUUACAAUAAUGUUGGAAUGUACAUAUCAUCAGAUGCUGGUAAUAACUGGAGACAGAUUUUUGAGGAAGAGUACAGUAUUUGGUUUCUGGACAAAGGAGGUGCUCUGCUUGCAGUUAAGCAAGCGACAGUACCCAUCAGGCAUUUGUGGAUUAGCUUUGAUGAAGGGAAACAGUGGAGCAGACACAGUUUUUCCUUGGUGCCCCUAUUUGUGGAUGGAGUUCUUGUGGAGCCUGGAGCUGAAAGUCAGAUCAUGACGUUUUUUGGACACUUCAGCCACCAUUCUGAAUGGCAGCUUAUCAAAAUUGACUAUAAGUCCAUCUUUACCAGAAGAUGUACAGAAGGAGACUACCAGACAUGGCAUUUACACAAUCAGGGUGAGCCUUGUGUAAUGGGAGAGAAACAAAUCUACAUGAAGCGCAGGCCAGGAAACCAUUGCAUGCUGGAAAAGGACUAUUCCAGAAUACUUUCAGCUGAACCUUGCAUCUGCAGAGCCUCAGAUUUUGAAUGUGAUUAUGGAUAUGAACGACGGAGUGAUGGGAAAUGCUUACCAGCAUUUUGGUUUAACCCUGCCUCAGUGUCCAGAAGCUGCAGCUAUGGGCGAAACUACCUCAACAGCACUGGGUACCGGAAGGUAGUGUCCAACAACUGCACUAAGGGAGUGAAGGAAAUAUACACCGCUAAGAAGCAGCAGUGCCAAGUUCGAGCUCCCAAAGGCCUUCAGCUCCUCACCAGCGAAGGGAAAAUGACAGCCACGCUGGGCACCAAUGUCACGUUCCUUGUGCACCUUGAAGAGGGGGACUCGAUGAGAACAAACAUCCAGCUAGAUUUUGGAGAUGGAACAGCUGUGUCCUACUCUAAUCUUACCUGGACCAAAGACGGAAUCAAACAUGUUUACAAGAGUGCUGGGAUAUUCCGAGUGACUGCGCUUGCCGAAAACAGCCUGGGAUUUGAUAGCACUAGCCUCUAUUUGCACAUUACUUGCGCAGUGGAGCACGUCCAUCUCUUAGCUCCAUUUGUUGCAAUAAAGAAUAAGGAGGUCAACCUCACUGCUGUCGUCUGGCCAAGCAAUCCCAGAACUGUAACCUACUUCUGGUGGCUUUCAAACAGCACUGAGCCCAUAAUAACUUUGGAAGCAAGUAUCUCAUACACGUUUACAGUGGAGGGAAUGAACAUUGUUACGGUUCAGGUAUCUUCUGGGAAUAACAUAUUACAGGAUACAAAAGCUAUAGCAGUACAAGAGUUCUUCAAAUCACUGCUUUUGUCUUUCUCCCCAAAUCUGGAUGAGUACAACCCUAACAUCCCUGAGUGGAGACAGGAUGUAGGUAGAAUAAUUAAAAAAGCUCUUCUACAAGUGUCUGAUUUUCCUGAAGAACAGCUUUUGGUAGCUGUGUUUCCUGGUGUACCAACUGCUGCAGAGCUCUUCAUUCUACCAAACAAAAACCAGUCAGAAGGAAGGAAAAAGAGUGAAGAAGAUCUUGAACAUAUUUCAGCAGUUCUCAUCAGCGCACUGAAUCAGAACUUGGUUGAGUUUGAGCUGAAACCUGGUAUCCGAGUAAUUGUUUACAUCACGCAAUUAACUCUGGCACCCUUGGUUGACUCAAGUCCCAGACACAGCAGCUCAGCCAUGUUGAUGCUUCUGUCAGUUGUGUUUCUGGGUUUGGCAGUUUUUUUAAUCUACAAGUUCAAAAGAAAAAUUCCAUGGAUCAAUAUAUAUGCUGAAGUUAACCAUGAGAAAGAGCAGGAAAUGAUUGGCUCAGUCAGCCAGAGUGAGAGCACACCGAAAAUAACACUCAGCGAGUUCUCCACUCCCAAGGAGCUCAAAGAGAAAGAACUGGAUGCUAGGGUUAAAGGAGGAAUAGGAUGUGUCAGCGAGAGCACAAGGGAGAUUCCAAAUUGCACUAGUGUUUGAAGAGUGAAGGUUGGUCGAAUAAGAGUGUACAGAACGAAAGUGGUGUGUGGGGGUUCUUUUUCUUUUGUAAUUCAGAAACACAGUUCAUGUUAAUAGUUUUGUAAGGACCUCAUUUAUACAG